UAUCCCAUGGUAUUAGAGAGAUGAAAACUCAGUAGUCAAGUUGUGUUGUUUACAUUGUUGUUCUUAAUUUCCUUUAAGUCAUGCCACGGAUAACUACUCCCCUUCAGGAUGCCACUAAUCACAUCCUUGCAGGAAGAGACAAGAAUUCAAUUUCAGAAAUCAAAUAUAUUAAUCCAGUUAAAGGUCGUGGUAUCUUCACUUCAGCUGUCUUCAAUCAAGGAGACUUUGUGUUGGAGUAUAGAGGGGAGCUCAUUGAUGCAGCUGAAGCUGAACAUAGGCGUAAACUGUACCACAGUGCAUGUUCAUUCAAUCUUCAUGUUUGACUUCACAUGGAAGCAGAAGACAUGGCGUAUUGAUGGAGCACUUGAAGAUGGAUCAUUUGGACGACUGGUAAACGAUGAGCACUGGUCACCAAAUUCCAGAAUGAAGUUUAUUGAAGCAGGAUGAAAGCCACAUCUGUGCCUUUUUGCACUGAAGGAAAUUGCGUCCGGAACUGAAAUCACCUUUGACUAUGGUGGGAAGGAAUGGCCCUGGCGCAAAGAGGUUCCCCUUACUGUUAUAAGCACUGCUGCCCAAGAGUCUAUUUAAGACCGUUUCCAAGACCAAAUCAUGUCAUCCACAGUCUUUAUUGAAGAGACCAGAGAGAGGCCAGAAGUCCAGUCCUGCAAUAUGACAUCAGGCAGUUUUGCUUGUGAGACACAGCUCAGUGGUGCAAACAUCCCUCCUGGCCAACACUCCAUUGCAGAGCUUGGUGACAACGCCCAUGACUUGGAACCCAUUGUUUUCUCUUCAGACGUAUUCAGAGAUGCUGAAUUGAGAGCAGAGUGUCCUACACCAGACAGCCCUGCGCAUGAGGUGCACUAUGUCAGAGGUCAAUGUAGCACUUCUACUGCAAAAGAGUUGAUUGGAGGAGUUGGUGUCCAGCACCAGGAGGUGUCUCCCCCUGUGUUCUCAACAUACCUUGCCAGUGAGACCAAAUCAAGAUUGGAGUGCCAAUCAUCCAGAGGCACACCAAACCACUCUGCUUGUGAGAUGCACUAUGUCAGAGGUCAAUGUAGCACUUCUACUACAAAAGAGGGGAUUGGAGAAGUUGGUGUCCAGCACCAAGAGGUGUCUCCCCCUGUGUUCUCAACAGCCCUUGCCAGUGAGACCAAAUCCAGAUUGGAGUGUCAAUCAUCCAGACCCGCACCAAACGACUCCGCUUGUGAGGUUUCAUCAAGGCGGUGUGUGAAGAGACCGUGGUCUGAGGAGGAGAUACAAGCUGUGAUGAAACAUAUGAGGCCUUUUAUUGAAAACGGUGUCACUUACUAGUAAGCAGUGCCUGAAGUGCAAGGAAAAGAACACCCUGUCUUGGAUCCACUUUUGGCUAGGCUGAGCUUUACUUUUGUUUUAUAAGUUGGUGUCUUGUUUUCAGAAAUGAUUUAUUUCACUUAAUUUAUUUUGCUCACAGCAGGUUUUUGUUUGUUUUGUUUUUUAGCCUUGACCUUUUCAUGUCAGGAUUCACAUUUAUUUCCCUUUAUUAGUUUUUACAAUGCUGUCCAUUGUGAAGGAACGGAUUCUUGAGGUGACCAAAUACAGUUCAGUGAUACAGAAAAUGUUGUGUUGUGUGUUAAUAAUGACAAACCUACAAAAAAGGCUCUUUUCUCAGGUCAUGUGUGAUUCUGUGCAAUGGGCAAUGGCAGACCGUCGACAAGCCAGUUGCAGUGAGGAUGUGAAACAUGAUUGCAGGUUGGCAGUUGUUUCAGGACAUGGAAACCUCCAUAAUACUAGUGAGCAAGCAUGCAAAGAUAAGUGCUGGUGGGGCUGAGCUCGUCCUAGUGGAUGCAAGCACUGUUUUUGUGUUGUGCCUACAGUUGAUUUAAUGACACUUGGCCCACUUGUUGAUAAGAGGUGUUAUCUUUUCUAACUUGCCAGAAUUUGAUUGGAGGUGCUGAUGUUUUCU